AUGCCUAAAAAGGGAAACAGUGGAAGCGCCAUGAAAUGUGCUACAUGCGGAUCUGCAAAGUGUCCAGGCUGUGAGCCAAUGAAAGAAGAACCUAAAAAGCCUAUGAACAAGAAAAAGGUCGUUGAUUCCGAAUCUGAGCAAGAAGAGGAAAAGGAAGAAAAAAAGGUAGAAGGUCCUAAACCUAAAAAGGCUAGGAGUGCCUACAUCUUCUUUUGCAAUGAAAAGAGGCCAGAUCUUGAUGAAGAAUUUAAAGGGAAAGAAGCCAUGAAAAAGUUGGGCGCCAUGUGGAAAGCAUGCUCAGAGGCGGAAAAGCAGCCAUAUGCAGACUUAGCAGAAAAAGAUAAGGAAAGGUAUGAAAGACAAACAAAAGAAUUCGAAGAGACUGGAGAGUUCCAUGAUGAAGAUGGAAAUGUUGUUACUGAAGACAAGCCAAAGAAAAAAAGAAGCAUGAGUGCUAAAAAAGAGACCAUGGGAGCAAAAAGAAAGGCGGGAGGAAAGAAAAAAUGCUAA